CCCGUCUUUUCGUUUCAAUCCUGUCUGUCACUUUUUGUUUUUGUAUUCUACACCAGCUGACCUCAUCCCUUUUCUUCUCUCCAUUGUUUGAUUUUCACUUUUCUUUCUUCUUCUUAAAGGUGUUUUUUUUCUCCUGUCAGUUUCGUGCUUGGAACGUGUAGAUGUGUCACGUCUUGGCUCCUGGUAUCCGUUGACAACACUGAAGGCUAUUUUUUACUCCGUCACAACUCCAUGUCCUCUCGUUUUUUUUUUUUUACUUUUCGCGUAAUUGCUGUAAUAUUGCAUUGUCCCAUCCUCUUUUCCUCGUGGCGCAGUGUUCUUGCUGCUUCUUCUUCACCUGCCUCUCUCCUCCACCUUACCUCCCUCCAUCCUUUUCCACGCCAGCUCGCUCCGUCCUCUCAGCAUGAUGGGAAAGACCGAGCUGUACUCUCUGUAUAAGGGUUUCCUGGACUGUAUUUGCCUCUGCCUCUCUCGGAGCAGCUCCGAGGCCGAGGUCGACAGCGAGAGGGACACUGAGAACGGUCACCUGAUCUACAAGAGCGGGGACAUCCUGGAAGACAGAUAUGAGAUAGUCGACACCUUGGGAGAAGGGACUUUUGGGAAAGUCGUACAGUGUUUGGACUACAACAGGGGAGGAAGUCAAAUUGCUCUAAAGAUCAUUAAGAACCAGGAGAAAUACAGGGAAGCAGCCAACCUGGAGAUCAAUGUGCUGGAGAAGAUCAUCGAGAAAGAUCCGCUCAACAAAAGACACUGUGUGCAGAUGCUGGACUGGUUUAACUACUACGGCCACGUGUGCAUCUCCUUCGAGCUGCUCUCUCUCAGCACGUUUGACUUCUUGAAAGCAAACAGCUUCCUGCCUUAUCCCAUUAACCAGAUCCGACACAUGGCCCACCAGAUCUGCCACGCUGUCAGCUUUCUCCAUGACAACAAUCUGACUCACACCGACCUGAAGCCCGAGAACAUCCUCUUUGUCAACUCGGAGUUCUCCCUCAUCUACAACGCUGAGAAGAAGUGCAACGAGAGGAGAAUCAACGACACCACGGUGCGGCUCGUGGACUUCGGCAGCGCCACCUUUGACCACGAGCACCACUCUGCCGUCAUCUCCACACGUCACUACCGAGCUCCGGAGGUCAUCCUGGAGCUCGGCUGGAGUCAACCGUGUGACGUGUGGAGCAUCGGCUGCAUCCUGUUCGAGUUCUACGAAGGCUUCACGCUGUUCCAGACACAUGACAAUAAGGAGCAUCUCGCCAUGAUGGAGAGAAUACAGGGACCAAUACCCCAGAGGAUGAUCCAAGGGAGCAGGAAGCAGAAGUACUUCAACCGAGGGCGUCUGGACUGGAACGAGGGCUCACAGGUCGGACGCUACGUGAACGCCAAGUGCAAACCACUGAGGAAGUACUUGUUGUCACGUGGAGUCGAGCACCAGCAGUUUUUCAAUCUGCUGGAGACGAUGCUGGAGUACGAGCCCGCAAAACGCACUUCUCUCUGUUCCGCCGGGCGCCACCCCUUCCUCCUGCCCCUCACUGAGCCGGGACGGAGCCGGGUCUGGAGAAACAGCCUGGACCUGAGCAGAUGACGGAGGAGUGAUCGCCCUCAGGCAUCUGAUCGAAUUAGAGGCAGGGAAUAGAGCAAUACGAGAAGAGUAAAGCAAGGCAGAGUCAGUUACUGUAUAUGGCACGGACAAGGUCAUGUGCUAAAAAAGUAAGGGAGCACCAAAGACAAAUCUUUGUGGAGCUUCUUUACGUUACAUUCAUUUCAGUCAUUUGUCCAAAGUGACGUACAAAGCAUGUUGUUAAUUAUGUUGAUAUUAAUCCGGUGCUGUUCCAGAUGUUCCAGAAGUGCAGGCCCCUUCUGUUCACUAUUUAUUUUUGUCCAACAUAAGAUUAUUUUGCAGUCUCUGAAAACGUAUAGAUGAAUGGGCAAACAAGUGUGGAAUUGUCUUUUAAAGGCUCAUCUACACAUGCAGUUUAACCCCAAAAAAUAACUGUGAAAUAUAUACCAUUAUAUUAUAUCUCUAAAAAUAUGAGGAUAUCAAUUUAAAGCUUGAAAAAUAUAUCUUCAGAUUUAUUCUCUUUUUAGAAACAAUGUGUGUUUUUGUAAAACAUUUUGUAUAAAAUGACUUGAG